AUGCCAACUGCCUUGGUAUCCAGAGCUGGGAUAGCCUUUGAAGAUAGGGAGUAUUGGAACAGCGUCCUCCUCGUCUCAGAAGCCAUUGCAGCCCUUGUAUGCAGUCCACUAUUCGGAUACAUGCUCGACACUUCGGGGACACGCCAGGGUUCAUACCUCUCUGGGCUCGUGCUGUUGUUUGCAUCUAUGAUCAUACUCAUGGCCUCACACUCGGUGGCAUGGUAUGUUGUUGCGCGAGUACUCCAGGGUGCAGCAACGGCAAUGGUAUCGGUAGCUGGUCUUUUGAUUGUGACGGAUACAGUUGAUAAAGCUAGUCUUGGACAGAUGAUUGGGUAUAUUGGGACUGCCAUGACACUGGGCUUGAUUUCUGGCCCCUUGCUCGGUGGACUGGUGUACGAGGUUGGAGGUUUCUAUGCGGUUUUUGGAACGGCUGUUGGAAUAGUCACUCUUGACUUCUUCCUGCGCCUUGCUGUUGUUGAGAAGAGAGUUGCUGAGCGUUGGUUGUGCAUUGCUGAGAAUGAACGGCCUACUGAGGAGAAUGGUUAUGUCUCUGAGCAGCCCCCAUAUGGGACUAUCACUAACCGGACUCGUUCUUUUACGAUUAUCUCCAAGGGAACCUUUGCUCUGGGGAAGCUCUUGCGACAGCCAAGAAUUCUUAUCAGUCUGUGGGCUGUGGUAGUUGGCGCUCUUGUGGUAUCGGCGUUUGACGCAACUCUGCCAAUCUUCGUCGAGAAUACAUUUCAUUGGAAUGUUCUAGGUGCUGGUAUGAUCUUCCUACCUGGCGCUGCAGGUGCAAUCCUCCAACCAUUCUUCGGUCUUUUAUCUGACCGUAUCGGAUCCCGAAUAAUUGCAUUCGCAAGCUUCACCAUCCUAGCGCCGACGUUGAUCUGUCUUCGUUUCGUAGAAGACAACUCAGCACUGCAUAAAGUUCUACUCUGUAUAAUUUUGGUUCUGGUCGGAAUGUGCAUCGACUUAAGCGAACCAGCUCUCAUAGUUGAGAUACAGCGUGUUCUGGACGACAUGGAAGCCGCAGAUCCUGACAUCUUCGGCGACAAAGGUGUCGUAGCUCAAGCUUUCAGCCUAGAGAAUAUGGCACACUUUGGAGGCCUUGCCUUGGGUCCGAUGGUGGGUGGAAUAGUUGAGUUUCAGUACGGCUGGAAGGUUAUGUCAUUAGGGUUGGGAGUCCUGUCUGCAGUCACUGCUCUCCCUAUGCUUUUCCUCAGUGGUGCUGUUAUAGAAGACACUUGGACCGAGUCUGCUGACGAUGAAUUGGAACGGGAACCCUUGCUGGCGGAGUAA